AUGACCUCGACCCUGUGGCGAGCCCCUUCUACGUUGGAUACCACCGUUUCAAAGUCCGAGACGGUCAAUACGAAAAAUCAGCCACCGACGGCAUCGCAGAUGCCAUCCACUGUAUUAAACAUUGAGCCAACCACCACCACGACAUCUUCAGAGACCACAACCGGGCCGCAUAACCUACCAAAAGCCGGAUCCAUAGUACCUCAGCCACCGAUGCCCACCACCAUGACAUCUUCAGAGACCACAACUGGGACGCAUAACCUACCAAAAGCUGGAUCCAUAGUACCUUCGCCACCGAUGCCCACCACCAUAUUUUUAGAGACCACAACCGGACCGAAUAAUCUACCAAAAGCCGGAUCCAUAGUACCUCCGCCACCGAUGCCUGUGCCAACUGUUCAGGGGGCAACUUCCGUCCCACCCUCUGGCAGCAAGAUGGACUUACCGACACCGCAGAGGAGCUGCAACUUAGUCAACCAAGUGCUUGAACUCGGCAGAAUAUACCGAGAUAAGAAGACGAAGCUACUAGUGAUCCGGGACAGCGAUGGGAGAUUGGCAGAGAUUGCCACACGCAAGCGACGAUUUGUGGUUCGACAGGAACAACUAGUCGAACGGAAAAGUUGUUUGCUGGCUGAACUGUCAGAGGUGGAAACCAACAUUCAAAGGGGAAGUCAGGACAUCGUCGGAGUCAAUGAGGAGUACCGUGUUGAGGGUGAUUCAACGAAACAGUACCGGCUGGAAGUCGCCCACAUUAGCAAUUGUGUGAAGGAUCUUCAGAAGCGGAUCAAGAAAGGAGUUGACGACAUGGUGACAUAA